AAUUGUGGAAAAAGGAUAUUACAGCGAGCGAGAUGCUGCUGAUGCAGUGAAACAAAUUCUGGAGGCAGUUGCUUAUUUACAUGCCAAUGGAAUUGUUCACCGGGAUUUGAAACCAGAAAAUCUAUUGUAUGCAACUCCAGCUCCAGAUGCACCUUUAAAAAUAGCUGAUUUUGGACUUUCCAAGAUAGUUGCAGAUCAUGUUACCAUGAAAACAGUCUGUGGAACUCCAGGAUAUUGUGCACCAGAAAUUCUACGAGGGUGUGCUUAUGGCUCAGAAGUGGACAUGUGGUCCAUAGGAAUAAUCACCUAUAUCCUACUUUGUGGCUUUGAACCAUUCUAUGAUGAAAGAGGAGAUCAGUAUAUGUUCAAGAGGAUUUUGAACUGUGAAUAUGAUUUUGUUUCUCCCUGGUGGGAUGAUGUAUCUCUGAAUGCCAAGGAUUUGGUUAGGAAGCUAAUUGUGCUUGACCCCAAAAAACGCCUUACUACUUUCCAAGCUUUACAGCAUCCUUGGGUCACAGGAAAGGCAGCCAAUUUUAUUCAUAUGGAUACAGCUCAAAAGAAACUCCAAGAAUUCAAUGCUCGACGUAAACUGAAGGCUGCAGUGAAAGCUGUUGUUGCAUCAACUCGUCUUGGAAGUGCAAGCUGCCACAACACCCAUGAGAGCAAUAAGCUCAGCGAAAACCAGCUUGUAAGCUCAGAAGAUGAUACAGAAGAAAAAGAGACAGCAAUAAGCCACAUAACUCAGGAAACGGACAUUCAGGAACAAGGAUCUGAAGGAGGAGACCCGUAA